CGGAAGCGCGCGGAGGUUACAGCAGAAAGUAGAAGUCGACCGACCCAAUCCCAGCGCGGCAGUGUCGUCAUCACUCAGGCGCAGACGUGGUACGUCCUUGGACGCGGCCGAUUGGGAAGCGAGAGCGGCGUGCUCUCGGUUCCGGCGCGCUUAGAAGAGGAUGGUUCUCCGGCGUCUGUUGGCCGCUCUGCUGCACAGCCCACAGUUGGUGGAGCGUCUGUCCGAGUCACGGCCUAUCCGGCGUGCGGCGCAGCUCACGGCUUUCGCACUGCUGCAGGCGCAGUUGCGCGGCCAAGACGCAGCCCGCCGCCUACGGGCAGUCGCUGCCGGGCCGGUGGGCUCCCUGAGCCGACGAGCUGCGCGAUUCAGAGACACUUUCGUGCAGGAGCUACGCCGCGGCCUCCGGGACCGCCCACCACCAGAUAACCAUAGGGGCCCGGGCGCAAACUCUUAACCUUGGACUGGGAUGGGCCGAGGUCACCUACUUUCCCUUUUGUGCGGUACACCGAUCUUGGCGUUAAGCAGUCAUCCAGGCACUGCACACAGCUUCGAAUCCUGGUUCAGAUUACCGUCCUUCAGACGUCCAGCUCUUAAAAACUCUGGCCAAACCUACAUCUUCAUCGAAAUCCCGUGAUUGAGCAGGGAACAAUGUGGAGAAAGAUUCUAAAGAUUGACAGGUAGGCUGGACCCAGGUAUAACACGUACAGAGAGCCAUGAACACACAUCCAAAAAGAGCGCCUGCCCUCUGCAAAUGGAACUAAAAUUCUUGAUAGAUGCUGCUGCGGCAACACUGGUACAGCCAGGUACUGAUUCCGGGAAGAUCGUGGAUUGAAAGACGACCCUGCAGCUGCCAAAUUCUCUGAUUAAAUGUGUGGAGCUGAUUAAAAGGCAUGAGUGUGAUACUUCUGACAAGAUAGAUUGGGAAUCCUGGGGGCUGUAGGCUCAUGGUAAUAUAGUUAACACAUUAAAUGCUAUUCUGUGCUGGCCCUUGCUAAUUGCAUUCUGCGACUUAU